ACCUAAACCAACUAGGCCCUCAUUUUUAUUUCACAAUUGUUGGCCAAUUUAUGGCUAGAGUGAGCUUUUUUUUAAUUUUUUUUACUGAAAAAUAAGAAAAAAAGCAUUUAAAUGGUCAGCAACUAGGCUACUGUCGCCCGCUUGUGAAAAUUUUGAUUUUGGCAAAAAAAGUAGAGUCUUACGGCAUUUUUGCUUCUGGUCUUGAAUUGGCGAUUACUGAGUACAAGGAAAAGAAUUCCUUUUAGUUUUUUUACAUUUGAAGGUCUCCUUUUCUGCAUUUGACAUUGGAAAGGUAUUUUGUUGUUGAAAAUAACAAUUUUGCUAGAAACCAGGAUCUUUCGGAAUUUGUGGUAUACUGAAUUAGCAACUGGACGUCCGUUUCUCAAAUCUCAAAUUGGAAAUAGUGGUAACGCUUCGUUGCUAAUAAUUCCCUUACGAAAGACCUAUCGUAUUCUUUUUCUUUUCUUUUUUUUGUAUCUUAGUUUUUUCUUCUCGUUUUCUAAUAUCAAGCACAUUUUGUGUCGAAAAAAUAAUUUAUUACACUAAUACCCAAAUUGUUUAUCUGUGUUUGCUGCUACCAUUGGAAGUCUUUAUUUUUCAUUUUGUUUUAGCUUCAUGCCACGCCCUCAAUCUGAUUUACCUCUUGAAAAUGAUCCUUCCCUAACACAUGAGCCAAGUUUCUAUGACUCCACUCCAAAUUGGUAUAAUUCGGCAGCUUUUCCAAACUCGCAGCCCUUCCAUCGAGGUCAUCCUUCCUUCAGCCGAAGAAGUCGACUAAAUUCCAGCGAUUCUACACCAUCAACGUCAAUGUUGAAUAGUCGAUCUCCUUCUCGGGAUGCAUCGAAUCAUCAGUCUUUACCACGGCUUGAUGGAGCUUCAUCCAAUUUUCCACCGUUUUCUCAGUCGAGUCAUCGCCAAUCUCGAAGGUCAGUUGGUCUCUCUCGUAGUAACGCAACUCGAAUUUCAAGAAGGAAUCUUCCUGAAUGGAUUGAAAUGCUUACGGACAUGAAUUUCGACGAAACAUUCCCUUUGCCUGCUCUUUUUUCUUCACAUACGGAAAGACUAGUUGAUCGUGUCUUACGAUUGAAUCGAUAUUUACAAGCCAACGAUCAUCGGGAUGCCGGUUUAGGUUUGUCAUCUAUAUCCCCAAGGGAUCAAAGGGCUGAGCCGGUAGCUUUAAGACCAGCAUUUCCAAUUUCACCAUCACCUCCUAUUUCCUCUGAACGUAAUGAACCAUCACAGUCUUUCUUUUCAUUCGAUAAUAACUCACAUCCUAUUUCUCCUCAUCACUCAUUUUCUCUUGUUAAUAAUCAACAUACGGACGGACGCCGGUCCGAACAUAAUUCUCUGAGCAGUGACGGUAGUUCGUCGUCAACGGAAACAAGUUCUCAAAAUCAUCCUCUGGAAAAUCUUCGAAAUUCGUUGCAUAAUUCUGCGUUAUCGUAUUUAAACAGCUUGGCAAGCCGCGAGUUAAGUGGAAGCGGGCGCUCCUCACGGUCUAGUUCUAGGCCUAGUAAUGUAAGAAAAAACUCUCUGAUCUCUCUGUUUUCCCGACAUAAACGGCUGUGUCGUCAACAUAAAACUCGACAGGCAAAAAAACGAGUCAGGUUUCUUUCCCCUUCUUGGUGGCUUCGCAGCGGUUCGCUUUUUCAAGGCUCUCAAUUCGAAGGAUGUCACUCCAUAAGUGGACUAUCCUCGAAUGUUAAUUUGAAAGAUCGUUGGAUUGUCGAUGUUUCUAUUCAUUUGGUAGAUUAUAAACGCUUGCAACUUGAAGGUCAAUUAGACGCUUAUCCACACAAUCCGGACAGUCGCUCGUCUGCAAUUUCUACAGCCUGGAGUGGUGAAAUACUUGACUUUUCAGAAAGUAAGAAUUUUGCUACGGAAAAAUGGAGCGCCCCCUUGGAGGUUGAUGUUUGUUUUUGGCGCAAACUAUCGCCCUUUCAAAGCAUGGAUUCGGAUACAUUUUUCGAUACCAUCACUGAUGGUAAGAAACUCUCCAGAGUCUGUCGUGAGUACAUUUUUAUGAGAUGGAAGGACAUAGUAUACCUGGGAAACCAAAUUGAUCGCUCUAACCACAAAAUUUCUGGGUUCUACUUUUGUUGUUUGUCGAGAACAACUGGUGAUGUCCAAGGAUAUUAUUAUGACCCACAUAAUACUGCAUGCUCACAGCCGCUCAAUUUGUAUCCAAAACAUUGCAGUUUUUCUCCCUCCUGCAGUUUUCUUUGAGUGUUUUAUGAGUUUACUUGAAGCUUUAAAUUAUUCAUGGCUUCUCAUUAUAAAGUUGAAAUAAAAAAGAAAGAAACAACUAGAUUUUCUUUUUGGUUUAAUUCUGUAUUACUAGAUAAAUAUUAAUUGUAAUGUUGCUAAUUGUUAUGCACAAUAUAUUGCAAAUGAUGUUUUUAUUGCACACCGU